AUGACUGUCUUGAAACAACAGGGGCCCAUAUGUCCGUGGCGUACAGGGCAGAGGAAAUGUCGCUCCCGCCGUAAACCCCCUCUUGUCCCCUCGAUCCCCGCACCAUCUCGCCGCCGCCGCCGCCGCCAUGGCAUUCUCCACCGCGCGGAGGAGCCUGGCCACCAGCCUCUCCCGCCACCUCACCCGCCGUCCCCCCCCUCCCUCUCCCACCUCGUCCCCUCCCACCACGACCGCAGCCAAGACCCCUCCUCGUCCUCGUCCUCCGCUCCGCCAAACCCUACCCAGCGACCCCCGCCAUUUCCCUCCGGCGACCUCCGCCGACGCUCGAGGUCGCAAAACCUACCCCUCCCCCUCUCCUUUGGCGCCCGCCGUAACUUCUCCACCUCCUCCCCGCCUCCGGAUGGCGUGAUCGACGCCGUCACGCGUCUCAUCUCCGACGCCGCGUCCUCGGUCGCGCCCGCAUUUUCGUCGGAGGAGGUGGCCGCCGCCGCGGCCGACUCGUUUCUCCCGGUCGCCGCCGUGCAGCACCUCAUCGACGCCGUACACUCCAUCACCGGGCUCAACUGGUGGGCUUCCAUUGCGCUGACGAUGCUGUUGGUCCGGACGGCGACCAUCCCGCUGCGGGUGCGCCAGAUCAAGGCCCAGAACAGGCUUUCUGCAUUGAAGCCAGAAAUCAUAGCAAUCAAUAAGGAAGGAGAUUCAAGGGACCCACAAUCGAGGCAUGAGAGGAGGAAGAAAUUGCGCGAGCUAUUAAAAAAGCAUGGUGUUAGUCGAUUGACACCCUUUAACCAUACAUUCCUCCAGGGGUCUAUAAUUUUAAGCUUUUGCUGUGCUAUACGGAACAUGAUAGAGAAUGUCCCUUCUUUGGAAGGAGGUGGAGCAUAUUGGUUUACUGAUUUGACAACUCCAGAUGAGCUUUACAUCCUGCCGGUGUUGACAUCAAUGACAGUUGCUGCGGACGAGCUCAAUGUGAAGGCGCGCAUCCAGGGACAACCUAUUCUUGUGCAGCAAGUGGGGAAGAACUUGUAUAGAGCACUGGCUUUUCUGAUUAUACCGCUAUCAAUGAGCAUCUGCAAGGCGCAUUUCUUUUGGUGGGUGCCAUGGAGUGCGUUUACUUUUGUGUAUGGAUUUGCUAUUCGGAGGCCAGCCGUGAGGCAUUACUUUGGUCUUCCUCAACUAGCAACACGGCCUGCACCUGCACCCGCGCAAGUGCCAGCGCCUACCUCUCCUAACCUUUCCGAGGGGACGGAGUCGAUGCCAGCGCCUACCUCUCCUAACCUUUCCGAGGGGACGGAGGUGAUGCCAGCGCCAACCUCUGCCAACCUUUCCCAAGGGAUGGAGCCGAUGCCAGCAGUGGAUUCGCCGCCUGCAGCAGCCAAGGGAUCCGUGCAUUCUAGUUCUGAGCCACGCGGCAUGACUGAGAAGAAGAGGCGAACUCCGAGGGUGAUAAUUAACAGAGUGCGCGACGAUUGCUCCUCGAGCGAUGGGCAGUGAUCCCGAGGAGGACUCUAGCAAAGUUGUGUGUGACUGACUGCGGUGAUAUGUUGGGAGUUCAAUCGGGCCUGAGAUGCAAUUCAUUUCCUUGUACAUGUAAGUUUAUAUUAUUGGGUGUUGACCAAUCAUGUAAGUUUAUCACUAGCUAGCUAGGACAA